AGCUGCUCCACAUGAAGUCACAUAAAAAUGCAACAAAUGUAAUGCACCCAUUCAAUAUAAUACUGAACAUAACAAGAUUCAGAUAAAACCCCACAUGAGAGGACAUGUAUAAGUGUGUCAUUGAAUGAUAAAAACAUCAAGUAGUACCUGGUUUGUACUGUCAAAGUGAACGCAUGUAGUACAAACAAUGACAACAUAAUUCACUACCUGUGAAAAUGCGACAUUUAAUGAUACUCAUCUGUGUAUCCAUUUUACACCUAUCAGAUGCUUUCCCAUACUCUGCAAUUGGUCCACAGUCUGGUCACCAUAGCAACUACUAUGAUACCAUAGUGAACUAUUUUUACAAUCGUGAUUACAAAGUGCCGCAUCGAAACAAACAUAUCAACACUGGUGAGGACUCAGCACAACAUGCUAGCUAUUUGUAUGGAAGGUGUGCAGUAAGACCCAAUGAGUUCCCACCAGCAGAUGAAACCCAACAGAUCAAAGGCACAGUAGAGUUCCGCCAGCUUGUCACAGGGGGGCCUACAGAGGUUAAAAUCUCCCUCCAGGGCUUUAACGUUGAUGAUAGUAAAGUGAAGCAUGGGUUUCACGUCCAUGGGUCAGGGGACCUGACUGGAGGGUGCCAGUCAACUGGGGGACAUUAUAAUCCAUUUGGUAAAACACACAGAGCACCAAAUGAUGUUGAAAGACAUGUAGGGGACCUGGGCAAUAUAGUAGAGAACUCUGAGGGACGUGUGGAAACAACAAUCACAGACAGCCAGCUAUCUCUCACUGGAGAGUACUCAAUCUAUGGCAGAGCUAUAGUGGUUCACCAAGGGGAGGAUGAUUUAGGAAAGGGAGGAAAUGAAGGUAGUCUGAAGACGGGGAAUGCUGGGGGAAGACUGGCAUGUUGCAUCAUUGGAAAGAUAGACAGUGACUCUGGAUGGGCACAAGAAAUCAACUAGCAACCAAGAAUAUUCACUGACUAGUAGGAAAUACCAACAAGUAUAAUUGGAUUUCAAGAUUUAUCAUGGAGAAUGAACUAUUUCCAAUAUUUCAAAUUAAAUUUCAUGCUAAAGAGCAUAUCUUUCAUUUGAGUAUAAUAAAGAUUUGAACCUGA